AAAUAAAUGGCUGUAUAUAAAACUAGCCAUAGAUUAUUAAAACAAAGUAAGUAAAUCACUAAAAUCUCGUGGCACUCUCCGCCGUGUAAACCAUCUCCAACCUCUACAUUGACCGAAAGUUGCAGAGUCGUUAGCCCUGACAACGAGUUUUCAUGAAAGGGCAACUCAGUCAUUAUUGUGCUAAUCUGUGCUCGAAUCGCUUGAUUUUCAUUUGACAAUGAACGCUUAUAGAUGGGCAUUUUAGUAAUUGUACAUGACAAUACCAGCUGCUCGUAUAAAAAUUUAUGCCAUUAAAUCGUUAAGAGAAAUUGCUGGGUGCUAGGAAUGUGAAUGGAGCGACCACCCUUUACUGAAAAUGAGCAAAUCACCGCAACAAACACCGCCGUGAUUCAACCUAAACACAUCUCCCAAGGUGGCGGUACGCGACAUCCUGUAUAUCACGGCGUUAGGAAACGUCGGUGGGGCAAGUGGGUUUCUGAAAUUAGAGAGCCUCGCAAGAAAACCCGCAUUUGGCUAGGCUCAUUCCCCCUCCCCGAAAUGGCUGCUAAGGCGUACGAUGUAGCUGCAUACUGUUUAAAGGGACGGAAGGCUCAGUUAAAUUUUCCUGACGAAGUUGAUCACUUGCCACGACCCCCGACGUGUACGGCUAGAGAUAUUCAGGCGGCGGCAGCUCAGGCAGCACAUUCCGUUAAUUCAUCAAAGAAGAUUGAUGAGUCGGACGGUGAUGUUGAUGAUAACUUCUGGGGUGAGAUUGAAUUGCCUGAAUUGAUUAACAGUGGGUUUCAUAGUAAUUCUUGUGGAUGGACGUUCAACAGUGAUGCCACGUGGAUUGACGGAGAUGCACAGCUGGCGUUCAAGGCAUGCCCCUGACGGACACUAUUGAGGUUUUUCAAGCUAAAGCAGGAGGCAUUGGCAGGCAUGUAAAAAUUAGCAAGUCUAUGUAUAUUUUACUAGCUUCUGGUGUUGUUGAUUACUAAACUUUUGAAUUCACAAAGUGAUUGAGUGUUAUUUUAUUAUUAAUUUAAAAUUAUUUAAUUAUAUAAAAAAUAUAUUAUUUAUAUUUAUAUUUUA